AGGGCGCAGGCGCAGGCGCAGGCGCGGGCGUCGGUCCCACGGCGCGUCGCCCUCGCUCCAGCCCCGGCGAAUCGCUUCAAAUCCGGCCACGCCGGGAAAUCCCAGCCAAUCACGGCGCGCGCUGCUGACGCCGGCCAAUGGGGGCUCCGGCAGGCGGCGUGGAGACGUCGGCGGCGGGCGGCGGGCGACGAUGGCGGCCCGGCGCGGGGCUCUCAUCGUGCUGGAGGGCGUGGACCGCGCGGGGAAGAGCACGCAGAGCCGCAAGCUGGUGGACGCGCUGUGCGCGCUGGGCCACCGCGCCGAGCUGCUCCGCUUCCCGGAAAGAUCAACUGAAAUUGGCAAACUUCUGAGUUCCUACUUGGAAAAGAAAAGUGACUUGGAGGAUCACUCGGUGCACCUGCUUUUUUCUGCAAAUCGCUGGGAACAAGUGCCGUUAAUUAAGGAAAAGUUGAGCCAGGGUGUGACCCUCGUCAUGGACAGAUACGCAUUUUCUGGUGUGGCCUUCUCGGGUGCCAAGGAGAAUUUUUCCCUAGAUUGGUGUAAGCAGCCAGACGUGGGCCUUCCCAAACCCGACCUGGUCCUGUUCCUCCAGUUACAGUUGGCGGAUGCUGCCAAGCGGAGCACGUUUGGCCAUGAGCGCUAUGAGAACGGGGCUUUCCAGGAGCGUGCGCUGCAGUGUUUCCACCAGCUCAUGAGAGACACGACCGUGAACUGGAAGAUGGUGGAUGCUUCCAAAAGCAUUGAAGCUGUCCAUGAGGACAUUCUUGUGCUUUCUGAGGACGCCAUCCACACCGCCACAGAGAAGCCGCUGGGGGAGCUGUGGAAGUGACCCCAGGCUGGACACCUCGCCCUGCAGUCCCUCACGAGGUGGGAGACCUGUGGAAGGCCCGCGUCCCCAGCGGUGCCCACGCUCCACGACUUCAGCUCUUUCCUGGUAGCAGAGAUAUGUAGGCUGCCUCUCCUGACCCAGAGUUGGGGUGCACCGGGGACCCCUGUGGUGGGGACCUUGGCGGUGUGGACACGAGCAGAGCGAUGGAGCAGUCUCCUGCCCUCCUCCUUGUCCUGAUGAUACUGUUGUAUUUUCUUACUGAUGUUCAGUGGCAACUCUGAGCAGUUUCAUUGCGAUCAUUGUAAAUGGCAAUCAAUCAGUCAGAAUUCUCUCUGAAAUGUCUUCCAGACACUAGUAAAAAUUGACCUGAAAAUUG